AUGAAUAAUGACUUCGAUGUAUUCAUCACAUUCACUGAAAGCGAAGAAUUUUAUCCAGAUCUACUACUUAAUAAUGAUUUAUAUCCAUCAACCUCGCAACUUACAUUACUUGAAUUAUGUUGUUACCAUGGAGCUGUUGAUUGUUUCAAGUUAUUAAGAACGAAAUUUGAGAACGAAAUAACUGAGACAUGUCUACAAUUUUCAUUUUUAGGAGGAAAUCCAGAGAUCAUGAGUGAAUGUUUGAAAUUUCAUAAACCAGAUGAACAAUGCAUGAAAUAUGCAAUUAUUUCACAUAACAUUGAUUUUGUUACAUUCUUGAUAAAUGAACACAUGUUAAGGAUUGGUUUAUAUGAUUGUGUACUUUAUCAUAAUCUUGAAUCAUUUUUAGUAUAUUUCGAUCAAACUAAUGAUAUUAACCAAUGCUUUUUUUAUUCAGUGAUGUUUAACAUUCCAUCCCUUUCCGAAUAUUUCCUUUCAGAGGGUGCAAAUAUCAAUCAGAAAGAUAAAUAUGGAAGAACAGCUCUUCAUAUUACAGCAUCAAAUAAUUAUAAAGAAACAGCCGAGCUUCUUAUUUCACAUGGAAUAAAUAUCAAUGAAAAUGAUAAUGAUGGAAAAACAGCUUUUUGUUAUGCAGCACUAAAGAAUAGUAAAGAAACUGCCGGGUUACUUAUUUCAUAUGGUGGAAAUAUCAAUGAAAAAAAUAUAACGGAAGAAACAGCUCUGCGUAUAGCAGCAGAAAAAAAAAUAAGAUAG